UUCCUCACGAAGAUCAUCAGCAUUGGCGUCAUCCCAUUUUAUGGAUUGAUUUUAACUUUUAUGAUAUAUUUUGGUAACGCAACUGCAAUCAUGUUUGCUACAAUCAUACUAGGCUCGGUAGCUAUAACAACGGUUUACGGGGCGUUUCGAGGAAGCAAACUGUGUCUUGUGCCUUUCGUCUUUUUACAGGUGGUCUUUUUUAUUUACGAUCUCGUCCUUCUUGGUUUGCUCGCAAUCGCUCUAUUACGAACAGAACGUAACGAAUCACUGGUAUAUACCGUUCAUGUGUCUGAUUCUGUCUCAUCACAUAUUGUACUAGUUGUGGCUUCAAUUUUUCUGCUAUGUGCUCUGCCACCAAUUGUUUGGGUAGCGUACGUCGUCUAUCUGGACAUACUAUUCAUAGCAGAACUCGAUCGUGGCCUUGAAUUUAUGCGUGAAUUGCAUGAGAACAACUCCGGAGAAGAAGCCGCACCAAAACUGGCUACUUUUUAG